AUGGCGUUCAACAAUUAUAUCCAAUCAAAUAUUUUCUUCAACUCUGAGUUCGUCGCCGACCAGUUCUUCGGCGGGGUCAUGGAGAGAUCGCUGCUUGACGCUCGUCAUACGGUCCCAGCGGCAUCUACGCCGGCACAAACAAGCUCAUCUGCACCUCGAGGCUCCGUCGGCCUCUUUCUAGCUUCAGGGGCCCGCGAACGCGCCGUACCAACCAAUCCGGGACUGGCGUCUUUUCCCCAUGAAGACGUGGAGCCAAUGAGAGCGUAUCCUGCGCCGUCGAACACGUCGAAUCCUGCGUCAUCAACGGCCGCUGGCACUGCAGGCUUUCGAUCGGUUCCAUUGCCACGUUGGUCGCCGUCUCCAUUGACACCCAGAUACUUAGCAGCGGUAACACAUCAGCCUCCGCCUCCAUUGGGCGUUUUAUUGACCUGCUCGGCCCCUGGAUCGGGCACUACCAGUGUACCAAGUGCUGAAGCUGUUGGGAAUGAGACGGGCGGUCAUUAUUACCACUACAGCAAUGGCCCGUCGACUAGAGCAACGAUGGUGGAUACUACACAACGACAGGAGAUGGUACAGACAGGUAGUGGCCUCGGAGGCCUAAACGCUGCUGCUGUGGAGAGUGCAAAUGCUAGCACUGGUGGUGCAACGAUGACCAUGAACUCGACGUUGGCGGCGUUGCCGCUGCCCAUGACAUGCACGUUAGCGAUUCCACCGCCACCCACUGCAGUGAUAACAAAUUCAACCUCAGCAGCGCCUACCAGGAAGCGCAAGCGGAUUCCAGGCGCUAUGCGGAUGCGCAACUUCCUCUGUAUGCACCCUGGAUGUGGCAAGUCAUUCACGGACAGCGCCCAUCUGAGAGAUCACACGGUUGUACACACAGGUGAGAAGAAGCUGAGCUGUCCGACCUGCAACAAACUAUUUGCCAGAGCGUCUACGUUACAGGAGCACAUUCGUGUCCAUACUGGUGAGAAACCUUACGUGUGUGGUGUCCCGGGCUGCAGUAAACGUUAUUCGUCCCGUGCUGCGAUGCGCUUCCACCGAUCCACCCACGUCCCGCAGAUCGCCUUCCCUCCAAAUGUACACGUCGACGCUGACGCUAAUGCGGUGCAAGCCCAGGGUACACAAGCGACACCGUUCGUAUGUCAAGAAUGCGGGAAGCAUUUUCGCGUCCGUGAGCUCUUGAUGGCUCACCUGAAGGUCCAUGCCGCUCACCGUGCAGCAGCAGCGCUCACCUCAUUGUCGCCUUCUGGAACAGUUAGAACUGUGAUUGAUCGAUCGCUGAAUGCUGAAGAGGAUCCAAACAAUAUUCGUCAGAUAAUCCGCGGAGAUUCGUCCCAUACUGGUGAAGUACCGGCGGAUGAGAACAGAUACCUUCAAGCCACGAUUCGAGCACAGCAGGAUCAGAUCGAGCAGUUAAAGGCAGAGGUAUUGCGACUGCGUGGCCAAGCUUCUAUUGACGCAGCUGGAACGUGUCCACCAACUGAAGUGCCUGUGAGUACUAUAAGUGCUGUGAGUGUUGCACCGGCGUUGACUGCUCCAGUUGAAAUGCUUCGAGAUGGGUUCAAGCCGUUUGAGUGCUGCAUCUGCCACAACCGCUUUGCCAACUUCUAUCAGCUCACAUUUCACGGUAAGCAGCAUCCAGAAAGAUCCAUGACGGAGGUGACAGGAGAGCAGGCUCCACUUCCUGUAGGACCCAAACAUUGUCCUGAGGAAGAGUGCGAGUAUGCGGAAUCCACAGGUCGGAGUUUGAGAAACUUGCAGACUUUGAAGCGACAUUGGCAACGGCGGCAUCAGAACGAGCGACCAUACGCGUGUUCGUAUUGCCCAGCGACACGCCAGAAAACCUUCAAAACCCGAGAGAACCUCAAAGCUCAUGAAAAGGACUGCACCAAGAACGUUCCUGUCCGGUGA